AUGGCUCUAGCAGGUCCAGCAGGCACAACCAUCAACCCGGAAGAGACGGAGAACUUCGAGGAGAUUGAGAAGCAGUUCGCCGUCAAAGUUGUGCAGCACAUGGAGACAUACUGGAAGAUCCUUGAAAAAGUCCCAGGUUCCAAACUGCGACUGACGAAGAUCGACGAUGAAAUCUACGAACACCUUAAGAAGGACUUCCCCGAGUUCGACGCCUCCGCCACAUUGAAUGAGGAUGAGAUGAAGAGCAAGGAGGGCAAGGAGCGGUGGCGCAAGUUCAUCAGCGAGUACGAGCACAAGGUCGAGGACUACAACUUCGGCACCAUGCUCCGCGCAAGCCCCAAGACCGAGUACGACCAAGAAGGCACCAUAUUCGCUGUUCGCAUGCAGUUCUACGCCAUCGAAAUCGCACGCAACCGCGAAGGCUUGAACGACUGGAUCUACGAGAAGGCACAGGGAAAAUAA